AUGAGUCGUUGUUUCGUGGAUAACGCUGGGAAAUUUGAAGACUACAUCGCGUACUGCACAAACUAUCAUAGAAUGAUUGCAACACUUGCGGAAAUGCAACAACUCCCACACAUGGCUGCUGCGUUGGCCCAUCGUCAAACGGCACUCGGACACGCUCUCCCAUUGAGUGCAUAUCUCCUCAAACCAGUUCAACGAAUACUCAAGUAUCACUUGUUCAUAGAGAACAUGUUGAAGCAUUUGCCGAGUACGUUGUCGGCCGACGACUACGCGCUGGUAAAACGGGCUCAUGAGGUGAUGACGUCACAAGCGUCAAGGAUCAACGAUGAAAAGAAACGUGCCGAACAUGCCGAAAGGGUGGAGCAGUUACAGGCGGCCAUUCAAAAGUGGACUGUCGAUAAGGAAGCCGCCAAUCUGUCAGCUUACGGUGAACUCCUUCUCGAGGCUCCGUUCCGUCUAGCGGGCUCGAAGAACACCCGAUUACUGUUCCUUUUCGAGGAGAUGCUGCUGAUAGUGAAACAAAGAAAUUCGAAUUACAUCUGCAAGGACUACAUUAUGUCUUCCAACCUGAUUACGAUGCUGAUGGGAGUAUUCAUUGCGGAGGAACCGCUAGCGUUUCAAGUGUUAUCGUUCGACAAUCCACGUGCUCAGUACAUCUUCCUCGUGAGUAUCUCUACAUAG